UUUUGAACUUGUGUGAGACGUCUACCUUUGGCGUUGCUCCAACAAGAAGUAAGAGCAUAAAAGUAAAAAUUGAAAGCGAAUGAGAAGUCGAAGGAAGCAACCUCAUUCUUAUAUUUAAUCUCUCUCGUGUUUAAUUUAUCUGCACUCACAUUUUUUCAUUUGCUUAGAGGACAUCUCUUAACAAUGGAGGAAACAACAACGUUUCAGGGGCUAAGACACCUUUUCAUGACCGUCUUCUUGCACGGAUUCUCGGCGUUCAUUGUAGUCCCGGUCAUUACAGACGUCAGCAUGGCGGCGUUAUGUCCUGGAACAGACGAGUGUUCCCUCGCAAUUUACCUCUCAGGCUUUCAACAGGCUAUUACGGGUGUGGGGUCCUUGAUGAUGAUGCCGUUGGUAGGAAGCUUGUCAGAUAAGCAUGGAAGAAAAAGUUUACUCACACUUCCAAUGGCACUCAACAUUCUGCCUCUUGCUAUAUUAGCGUAUAGCAGAGAGACGUCUGUCUUCUACAUCUACUAUGUUCUCAAGACUUUCACGUCCAUAUUUUGUGAAGGAAGUGUGUUCUGUCUUGCACUUGCUUAUGUGGCUGAUAAUGUAUCCGAAAAUCAUCGAGCCUCUGCAUUUGGAAUACUUACCGGAAUUGGAUCUUGUGCAUUUGUAUGUGCAAAUUGUUGUGCUCGGUUCUUAUCCACCACCGCUACAUUUCAGGUCGCGACAACGGUAGCAAUUUUUUCAACAGUGUACAUGAGAAUUUUUCUACCUGAUUCGAUCCGAGAUAAUAGCUUGGUUACUUCCAUUGUUUCAACCGAGAAAUUGAGUUAUGUGUUACUUGAAGAUUACCCUGCACAUAGAAAUCAAAUAUCUAGAACAUUACGUUCUGUACGUGAAAUGGCCUCUCUAAUGAGGAGUAGCGUUCCACUUUUUCAAGUUGCAAUGGUGUCAUUCUUCAGUAGUCUUAGUGAGGCCGGUCUACAUGCAUCAUCUAUGUACUAUUUAAAGGCCAAGUUUCACUUUAACAAAGACCAGUUUGCAGACUUGAUGAUCAUAUUUGGCAUUGCCGGGUCUGUUUCACAGUUGCUCUUCAUGCCCAUUUUAAUUCCUGCUUUAAAAGAGGAGAAACUGCUCUCAAUUGGUCUGUUUUUCGGAUGUGCGCAUAUGUUUCUCCUCGGUAUGGCAUGGUCCGCGUGGGUUCCAUAUAUGGCGGCCAUGUUUUCACUUGUCUCUAUAUUUCCUCAGUCAUGUAUGCGGAGCAUUGUCUCAAAACAAGUAACAUCAUACGAGCAGGGUAAGGCGCAAGGGAUUAUUUCAAGCAUAUGCUCUCUUGCAAACGUCAUUUCUCCGCUAGCAUUUUCACCUCUAACAGGCUGGUUUUUGUCUGAAAGAGCACCAUUUAAUUUCCCAGGGUUCAGUCUUAUGUGCGCGGGGUUUACUAUGACAAUAGCUUUUAUCUUAAGUCUCAUGAUCAGAGCAACAACUCCAGUGGCAGAUAUGGGAUCUCCAUAAUUCCAGACAGCUCAAAACCAUGGUUUUUGUAGCGAAGCAUAAUGUACAAGUUCUAGAUACAUACGUCAAUGUUUAUUUUUUGUGUUGUUGUUUAAUAGCAUGUUUGUCUCGUCAUCAGCCCCUAGGACAUACACCAUAUACUUCAAGGUUAAGGUUUAAGACUGUUUCUGUUCAUGUAUAGGUAAGUCUAAAGAAACACUAGUCUCAUAUUUGUAUUUAUAAAAUAUAAAGUGAAAAGGAAAAUUUAUUUUUAUUUGGUUA